GAGGGAUCUCAGGACUGCAUCGUGAGUGGCUGAUAAAUCAUGUCGUAGACCACCUCCUCUGUUCAGGGAUCGUCGUUGCGGUUUGACAUGGCAUCUUUCAUCAGUCUUCUCUAGCCAAAAGAAGUGCUCAAGAAGCGGUUCAGUGGUUCAGGUUCAGACCGGUUUACCACCACAAGCUCUGUGUUUAGUCCAGCUCAGUGGGACCACAUCAGCUCUUCUCCCCCACCUGCAUCUGUUCGGUCCUUCCUGAUGUAAACGUUGUGUAGAAGGAAGUCAGGUCAGAGUCAGACUCACACUGACACACAGACAGAUCUCUUAGAACAUCCAGAAACAUGAGUGGCCUUGGAGGAGGGCCAGGGAUCCUGCCCUUCAACCUGUCCUCAAUAUCCAACCAGACAAACAUCUGUAAUUCGACUCACUGCGAUCAGGUCGACACCUCGGCCCAUGUUUUCUUCAUGGUGGUCUACUGUCUGAUGUUUCUGGUGGGUUUGUUCCUCAACGGCUUCACCCUGAAGGUUUACUUCUGCAGAGCGCAACAGCAGGCGUCCAGCUGCGUGACCUACCUGAAGAACCUGGCAGCCGCCGACUUCCUGAUCAGCCUCUGUCUUCCCAUCCGAAUCAUUAACUACGCCAGCAGCUCUGUCCCAGUCCGCCAGGUCUACUGCAACUUCGGUGCCUCCGCCUUCUACCUGAACAUGUACGCCAGCAUCCUAUUCAUGGGUUUCAUCGCAGCUAACAGGUAUCUGAAGAUCGUCCAUCCUUUAGGAACUCACAUCCUGCAGACAGUGAGAACCGCCCAAAUCAUCUCCAUGGUAACCUGGGUUUUCCUCUUGUCCAUGACGAUCACCUACAUCAUCCUCUCGGUCUUCACCCAGGAAACUUUAGCCUCUGUCCCCGACACAGUGAGCUGCGACGUCCUGCACAGCAAACAGGUCAAACUGUUGUACAAAGUCAUCCACACCUGCUCCGCUGCCAUCUUCCUGCUCGUCCUGGUGAGCCUGGUCUUCUUCUACUACAGCACCUCCCGCAGGUUGUCCCUGGCACAGCAGAAGCAGCCGGCAUCCUCCAGCUCCAAGAAGCUCGCCAAGUCACGCAGGAACAUGUUGGUGCUGGUCAGCGUCUUCUGUGUUUGCUUUGUCCCUUACCACCUGGUUCGCCUUCCCUACGCCUUCCUGAGUAGCAUGCACGGAGCAUGGAGCCAGGCAUUCUUCUACCUGAAGGAGCUGACCAUCAUGGUGUCGGUUCUGAACGUCUGCCUGGACCCUCUCAUCUAUUUCAUCUUCUGCAAAGCCUUCCGGGCCCACCUGAGCCUGAGGAGGGCGUUCAGCACCACGCAGGCCGCAACGCAUGGAGAAAACACUGAGACGAGGAGCAGCGACGGGCGGAUGAACGCCGCCAAAAUCAACGGGGAGAUGACUCUCGGCAAGAUGGCGAAGCCCUCCGGCAUGUUGUAGCUGAAAACUGACAGACACCAACACACAGACAGACGGAUACUCCAGGAUCCUGCUUCAUUAACAGAUGCCGGGCUGCAGGCUGUGGUUGGGUUUUCUACUCUUGUCCUUUGGCGUUCCUGUGUGGCGGCAGGAGAUGCCACGUCCACAGCUGAACCCAAACUAGUCGAGGCUAAAUACAGAGAGCAUGUGCAGGAGGAGCUACAGUUAUUUAUGUCUAAUUUGUUAUUACCUUUAAAUAAAGGAUGUGGUCAUUAUUCCUGGACUGAUCUGGUCUGAGUACCUGUAGACGUCCUGGAUGAGAACAUUAGUAGGUCCAUUAUUUGUGUGUGCAAUAUACAAUGUCAUUAAAUUGAUAUACUCGGUAAUUAAAAAACAUAUAUAUUACAAAGCAUGUAGGCUUAUAUAUUGUGUACGUUACAUCAGAAUACUGGUUCCUUGCUUAUAAAUAUUGUUUAUUAUUAUUGCUAGUAGCAUUAAAGUAUCAUGAUAUGACACGUCCACAGAGUCACAUCAACAAUGGGAACGUCUGAUCUGGACGAGACAAUGACGGUGACUGUUGUCCAAUCAUGUUCACUGAAAACAGAAAUAAAUAGAAGUGUCGUUACAGAACAAACGUACAGUUGAAUCUUUAUUUUUCUUCACCACAGCCCUACAGAUGUGAGC